AUGUGGCUACCGUUGGCGCUCUGUGUGCUGCUGGAAUUUGCCGAAAUUGUCAGUGCAACGGGCGGGUUGGACGAUGCACUGGAGGUUACGUUCAGCGAGCGGACCCGGGCCGACUGGGAAAAGGUUUGGCACCAGGAAAGCCAUUCACGCUGCCGGGCGAAAUUGAUACGCCAUCUUUAUUGGGCGUGCGAGAAGGAUAUCUAUCGGAUUUCGAGACGCAGCGGCGAUGAUGGCCUGUCCGGCGGGAUGACAAAGCGUAGUGCAGCGAGGCAAACGUAUGUCGAGGAUGAUGCCCAGCAGACCGUACCAUUCCCUUGGGCGAUUGAUCGCGAGGUGGCCUACGCGUUCCUGCGUACCCGACGCAAUGGCAAACGGCGGUCGGGCGGUUCGAUUACGGCCGAGUGUUGCACGCGUACCGGUUGCACCUGGGAGGAGUACGCCGAGUAUUGUCCAUCGAACAAGCGAUUAAACCAGCAUCGCCGAAGAAAGUAA